AUGCUGUGCGACGGUACCACCAUCGGUGAGACGUGUGGAGGGAUACACAAGAUGAGUGUGUACGAGAUCACAUCAUACCAGGGCUGCGACAGCGAGGAGUUCGAUGUACUGUCUCAGCACGCUUCCUCAGAACAUCAGCAGAUAAUGGGGGAAGACGACCACAAGAAACUCCUAGCCCAGAUCGACGUCUGGGAAGGUGCCGAAGAAGGUGCACCGAGAAUAUUCUGCGGUAUCUACACGCACGAAAAUAACCACGCGACGAAAGUGAAGGCGGUUAAGGAGACAUGGGCGUCGCACUGCGAUGGGUUCGUGGCUUUCAGCGACGUCACUGACCUCGAACUUCAUACGUUUAAAAUCAAACACGAAGGCCCUGAAGAAUAUAGCAACAUGUGGCAGAAGGCCAGGGCAAUAUGGAAGUACAUCAACUUCCACUACAAGGACGAUUUCGACUGGUUCGUUCUUGGCGGUGACGACCUCUUCCUUAUCGUGGAGAACUUGCGAAAGUACCUGCUAUCGGAUGAGAUCAAGGGUGCGGCGGGAGGGUUGGAAAAUGGGGGUCCAAAUCCAAUGUACCUCGGAAGGCGUUUCCGUUUUAUCGGCGAGGAUCGCAUAUACAACAACGGGGGACCGUCAUAUGUGCUCAACCAGGCGUCUGUGGGGCUGUUGGCGAGUCACUUGGACGAUGAUGCCUGCCAGCCACAUGCUGCAAAACACUGGGAAGAUAUCCUGGUUGCUUGGUGCUUGAAGAAAAAUGGCGUGGAGGCGUUCGACACUCGGGACGCUCUUGGACGUGAGCGAUUCCACCCGUUCACGCCCGCAGCCCACUUCGGGUAUCGCAUGCCCCAGAAGCUAGAGGACCGUCUUGUUUCAGGAUGCGUGGUUGGUGCGUGGUACAUCAUUCAGGGCAUUGAUCUUAAGUUCGGCCGCGAGUGUUGUUCACAAGACUCCCUCAGCUUCCACUACGUGGGCGAGCAGGUCUCGAGGCGACUUCACGAUCUCAUCUACGCUUGCCCCAAGUAUCAAGCAGAUGCACCAGUAGUCGCCAGAGUUUGA